AUGGCAGACAAUAUAAUGCAAGAUUUUUUGAGCUGCCAGUUUUGUAAUAUGAAAGUACAGUUCUUUUGCAAACCGUGUGGAAAAAGACUGUGUAAAGAAUGCUUAUUGCAACACUUUGAGAUAAGCGAAGUCGAUCAUGUCAUUGUUUUGUAUAACAAAAGAUUCAAAAUUGUGGAAAAAUCAAUCCAUGACCCAGAAGUAACGGAUAUUAUUCCAAGUGGACUAGAUAAUAUGAUAUGUGUGAGAUACAGUGAGAAGCAGAACAUUUAUGUAGCAGAAAAGGAUGCCCAACGUCUGAAACUUUUUGACACAGAAGGACAUCUCCUUGAUAUAUACAAACCAAAAAACAUGGUGAGGUUUUUCACUCCGACUAAAGAUGGCUUUUUAUAUACAGCUUCAGAAGGUAUAAGGAAAGUAAAUGAUGUUGGAGACACACUUUUACUACCUCUGGAAGGCAGUCUCAGGGGCAUAAUAUUUGUCGAACCAGAGACGGUAUUCGUCUGCAAUACCACACCUCCCAGAAUAUUCAAGUUUAAUAUAAAGGGAGAGAAACUUCUUGAAAUAGGAAACAGUAUUGGUGGGCAUGUAUUUCAAUUUCCCGACAAUAUUGCUAUAAAUGGCAAUGGCGAUAUUUGCGUGACCAAUCCGGCGUUUUUACGUCUUGAAAAAGGAACCUCAUCAGUGGUUGUGGUGAAUAGUGAGGGCGAUUUUCGCUUUUCAUACGAUGCCCAUAAAGAUGAAUUAUUCCAUCCAGUGGACAUCUGUUGUAAUUCUAAUUGUGAUAUGAUUAUUGCUGACGAUGCAAACCACAAAUUUCACGUCAUCAACAAAGAUGGCCGUCUUCUAAGGUUCCUGACGUAUGAGGGAAUUCAAAGUCCGUGUAGCGUCACCACUGACAGUGAAGACAGACUCUAUUUCUCACAAAUGGACGAUCCGUCUCUAAGAAUAAUUCAUUAUUUUUAUUAG